AUGCUGAUUCAAAUAAGCCUUCGUGCUCCGAACGGCCAGUCACGGAUCCAGAUCGAUGACGACUCUCCGCUCAGCGCUCUUGUGGAGCUUAUCAAGACCAAGACCGAGCUCGCCAACUUUUCCCUCAAAUAUGGGUACCCCCUUAAGAGCCUAGAUAUCAGCCCGGCAUUGCAGGGUACACCCGUAAAGGAGCUGAACCUCCGGGGAGAGACGAUUGUCGUGGCCUCUGUCGAUCCGUCACCCCCGACACCUGCGUUACAACCUGCAUCCGCGGAGCCGAAACCCAAACCGUUCACGCCAAAGGGAAUCGAACCCGAUGAGACGUCUCUUCAAUGGGAAGAGAGGGGCGGCUAUAUGGCUGUCGGGGGCGCCAUUGGCCUAGACAAUCCAUCUAGGACACUCAGGAACCAGGUGGCUGACUACAUCCUAAACCACCCCAACGAGUACAAUCAGGCCAUCCUCGGCGAAGAUCCCCAGCGCUACACGACUAAAAUGAGGCGGAUGGAUACUUGGGGCGGUGCCAUUGAACUAUCUAUUCUGUCAGACAUCUACAACCUAGAAAUCAGCUCCAUCGACGUCAAGUCUCUUCGCGUGGACCGCUUCGGCGAAGGAAAAUCCACCCGCGUCAUCAUUCUGUACUCAGGGAUACACUACGACCGAAUAGCAUUCUGUAUGGACCUGAGCUACCCGGUUGAGGUGGAUGUGACGAAGUGGUCGACCGACGACGAGGAGGUUCUGGAAAAGGCGCGGCAACUUGCCCAGCAGCUGCAACGUCUCCACUACUACACUGACACGACCGACUUUGUGAUCAAGUGUCAGGUCUGCAACUGGAUUGGCCAGGGGACGCGAGAUGCGGCGAAGCACGAGACAGAAACGGGCCACAAUCAGUUCGGGGAGAUGCAGAUCACAGAUUAA